UCGCUACAGCCCCGCCCAUCCGUCCGCGAGCCGGAAGCGCUGCGUUCCGGGUGGUUGCUAGGGAACAACCGAGCCGGAAGUCCCGCCUGCCGAGCCGCGGCUGAUUUUGUUGUGACAGGGUCCGUGACAGCCGCAGGCCCCGCCGCCUGGCUCGGGUCCCUUAUCGCCCGCACCCGGGCCUCGCCGCUGGCUCCGCUUCCCGCCCAGCCCGCGCCAUGAAGUGGAUGUUCAAAGAGGACCAUGCGCUGGAGCACAGAUGUGUCGAGUCGGCAAAGAUCCGCGCCAAAUACCCUGACCGUGUCCCGGUCAUAGUGGAGAAGGUAUCAGGAUCUCAGAUUGUUGAUAUUGACAAGAGGAAAUACUUAGUUCCAUCUGACAUCACUGUGGCCCAGUUUAUGUGGAUCAUCAGGAAGAGGAUUCAGCUGCCCUCUGAGAAAGCAAUAUUCCUCUUUGUAGACAAGACUGUCCCCCAGUCCAGAGCAUCGGCUAUUGCAGCGCAAAGAAGUGAUAAAAGCUUGGAACAUGUCAAAUGCUACAUUCCAUGAGCAAUUCUUUCAGAGAUCUACAAGCAAAGCCGGAAGUUUAGUAGACCACCUCUCCCAAAAGCAGAGCUUGUGACAUCUCUACGCAACUGUCUUGUAAUUUUUAGAGCUGUUUCUCAGUUCUACCUACAGCAUUUCCUGACAUUUUCUAAUUAAUCAGCUGCAGCAUCUCAACACCUACGUUCAAUCCCAGAAAUGCCAUCAAGUGGAGUGUAAGAUCCUGCAGACACAGUCCAGAUCUUUUAAAUGCUGCCGUGUCUUUGUUCUUUCCCUUCCUGAGUAUUCAUUGACACACCCUAAGCUUAAACAUGUCCGUAACCUCUCUCAAAAACCAAGGUUGAUAUUAGCAUUCAGUACCUUGAAAACUACUUUUAAAUCUCACAAGUGUAAGAAAGCAGCAGUCUACAGCUGCUAGGUAUUUUACAAAUGCACAGGAAAACCUUACUCGGAACAAUUCUUUCUAAUUGCCAGGCUCAAAUUUUAGGAAAGAGUUAAAAGCAUUUGCAUCAUAUAACUGCUCAUCUGAAAACUAGUCUGAUGCCAAGAGUACAGAACAACUAACUUUAUAUAACUCAUUUCAACAUUGCAGCUGGAUAAGAACAUUCCAGUCUGGUCAGUAGGUUCGCUAGGGACUUUGUUGAUGAUUAACUAAGGGAAACUAGGUAUGUUAAGGAAUAGUUUCUGCAAGACUUCAGGAAAGGACAGAGGUAGAUUUCAGGAGCCUAGGAAUUUACUGGUUACCUCUUUAGUUACGCUGCAAGACUCUGCCAUGGGAUUGCUAUUUGCACAAUUAUGGUAACUGCUACCACUUCUCAGCAGUUCAUCCAGUGCCCAUCUGCAACAGCACCUGGCCAUCUUCCAGCCUCUAAGGACUAACACAAAUCAUCCAUUCUGCAUAAUCUCCUGCCCUCUACGAACACGUAACAGCUCUCCUUUCACCAAUUCAACCGGUCUUUCCAGAUGUCAGUGCUGGACUUGAAAGGACAGGCUUGCACACGCAUAAUUCAAGUUGUUAGUCCUUCAACAAACAGAUAACUAUUCCUAUUUGAAAAGUCAACCGAAGUGUAGAGCAAAAUGAUGUGCUG